UGGCCAAAGCAUAUUCCGUGUUGUCUAUUGGGUGAAUCGCCAGAAUGCUUCCUGAAUGCGCAUUCCAUUUCGUCGCCUGAGGCAUAUUUCCAGUUAGUUGAUCACUACUUCUCAUCACAGCUCAUUAUGAAUUUGGUUUCGGCAAUGAAGACAUUUCAAAAUAUUGUUCAUGCGAGCGCAGACUAUCGUGCCAUAGUUAGUUACUGCAGCAUCUUCAUUCAAAAUCCGUAUAUCUACAGUUACGAGGUUUUGAAUCGAACAGCCCAGAUGUACUUGGACGAUGACGCCGAUCGUAUGACACUGAUCAGCAACAAUAACAAUAUAUCGUAUCAAUCAACAGCCUUACCGCUACUUGCAUUGAACACGACGUUAUCGUAUCAGCCGAACGAUGUGGAUGGUUUGAAUGAUAUACUCAAUGCUGCAUUAGGACCAAUCCAAAGUCAUCUUGCAUUAUCGCUUGCAAUCGCAUGGAUUUUGGUGUUCUUUGGAGUGUUUAAAGGGAUUGGUUCGAUUGGAUGGGCUGUUACUAUCACUGCUACAUUGCCAUACCUUUUGGUUCGGAGCUUUUUUCGUUUAUUUGAGCGUUUCGUUUCAAACCAAUCAGUAGAAUAA